GUGGAAAGUAGCAAUGCCAAGUCCUUUAUAUCUUUGAAUUAAAUCUCAUAUAAGUCUUUCAUCUUAGUAUUUAAUUAAUUAAAUUCCAACAAUAUCAAAAUCCCCCUUAUUUACUAGUUUUACUAAAAAGAGAAUUAUUCCGUUCUCUGUGGAUACGAAUUCUACUUCACCUAUACUACGUAUAAGUGUUAGUAUUGAAUUUUAUUUUGACGCACCGUGACAAAGUGCCCGUCAAAUUUGGCGCCGUUGCCGGGGAAAGGCAAUUAUUUUUCUUUUUAUUUUAUCUCAUAAAAAUCAAAAACAAAAUAAAAAAUAAAAACAAAAAAAUAUAAAUAAAAAUCUUACUUGUCCAUUUUCUGAGAUUUCAUGAGUAUAUGGAUACCAACAUAUCAUCCCUAGAGAGUCAAAUUUCCGACUUGACUUUUCUAAUAAAGGAGUUUAUUUCAUGUUCAAAAUCUCAAGAUGUCCAUACAUGCAACAUUUGCAUGUCACAAAGGCAUCUUACAGAUUUUUGCCCACCCAGAACUUCAAAAAGAAUAUUUUGAACAAAGGAAUGAUGUUGGUUUCCAAGAGAGGUAUGAUUCAUUCUCCAACACAUAUAACCCAUACUCAAGUUCUUAUUCCAGCAUGUCCACUGAACACAUGAUCCGAGCUCUCACUAUCAAUGUGACAAAUAUGAAACAAAAUAUGUCACAAUGCCCGCAAGAAACAGUGUCCAACGAACAGAACUUGGACAAUCAGUUGAAACAAAUGCUAAGCAUUGUGAACCACAAGAGCGAGGAGCAGGAAGAAGAGGAGCUUACGGAGAAAGCUCAACCAGGGGAGGAACCUCAAAACUCAACUCAACCAUCGGCCAUUCCUGAGAUCAUGCCACCAUUUCCUGAGGCUCUAAAUGAAACACAAAGGGUGGAGAAGGAAAAAGAUAUCUAUGAAAUCUUCAGCAAUUGUGAGUAUAAUUUAGACUUCUCUUUGUUCACAAAUAAGCAAGGAAUAACGGUGGAGUUACACAAAUAUUUCAUACUCCCUCUUAUACCACCCGGAUCAAAAUCCCUUCCAUUGACCAUGCUUAGUGAAAAUCAUGGACCCUCACUCUCACAAUAUGAAGCGAUAAAAAUCCGGAUAUUUGAUCCCGGAAAGAUUGUCCAAAUAGAGGGUCGAAAAAUAUUGUAUUUCUAUAAGUCACCCGGGUGAAAAUUUGAAGAAGAUGAAUUAUCACGAUCCAAGCUUGAACGAUUGAACACAAUGAUGGCGUCGUGCCGCGACGUUAAAUAAGACGCUUCUUGGGAGGCAACCCAAACAAGGAUCCUAAGGGUGGAUAUGAGAGAGAAAAAAUGAAGUUGAAGACCUCUCAUUAUUCUUGUGUUUUUGAUCAUCGGAACAUUUUUAAUGUUGAUUGUCAAAAACACCUGUGGAUGGAUUAUUUUGCUACUAUGACUGUGUUGGAAUCUUCAUGAACAAGUUUUGAUUUACUCGAGACGAGUAAAAGUUCAAGUGCGGGGGUGUUUGAUAGGCACUAAUUGUUAGUGCCUAAGUAUACGUUUUUAUAAUUGUUUGUGAUGUUUAUUUACUAUUAUUGUGCAAAGUUUGUAUUUGUUAGUUUGCAUUUGAUUGUAAUUGUAUUUCUAGCAUUUAAUUAUUUUUUGUAAGAAAUAGUUAGUUGGGUUUGAGAAUAGGAAAGCUUGGAAGGCAAAAAGGAUGCAAAAUCCUGAGUUUAGGGCAAAACCCGGCCGGGUAUGGAAUUUACCCGGCCGGGUAUGAGGUGAAAAACAAAGAUUCUGGGAAGGUUCAUCAAAUACCCGGUCGGGUAUUCCAUUUACCCGGUCGGGUAAGAAGUGACUUGCGACAAAAAGACGUGCUGCAGAACAAAAGAACGUGGGAAAAAGAUAUGAUUGGAUAAAUACCCAAGCGGGUAUAUCAAAUACCCGGCCGGGUAUCCGCCGCAGCACCUUCAAA